GGUGUAGCUGGGAACCCAAUGGUCAAGUCUGUCCUGGAUAAAACCAAAUACUCUGUGGAAUCCAUGAUAACAACAUUGGAUCCUGGGAUGGCACCUUACAUCAAGUCUGGAGGAGACGUGGACAUCGUUGUGACAUCAGAUAAAGAAGUGAAGGUGGCAGCGGUGCGCGACGCCUUCCAGGAAGUGUUUGGUUUGGCCAUGGUGACUGGAGAGGCGGGUCAGUCCAACAUCGCCCCGCAGCCGGUGGGAUACGCCGCAGGGGUCAAGGGAGCUCAGGAGCGCAUUGACAGUCUGCGUCGCGCGGCUAUCAUUCAUGAGAAGCAGCCAGUAGUCUCGGUGGAGAACUUCAUAGCUGAACUCUUUCCAGACAAGUGGUUUGACAUCGGCUGUCUGAUCUUGGAUGAUCCUGGGAAUGGGAUUCACAUUGAGACGUUCACUCAGGCUACACCGGUGGCCCUGCAGCACGUACAGCAGGCACAGUCCCUGACUCCUCCUGACUAUAACUUGCGCUGGUCCGGUCUGCUAGUGACGGUGGGGGAAGUUCUGGAGAGAAGUGUGCCCAACGUGAGCCGCACAGACUGGCACCAGGCCUUCACCGGGACGUCCCGCCGGCAGAUGAUCUUCUCUGCUGCCAGGGCUCUGGCUGGCAUGUACAAGCUGCGUUUGCCCUCCAGGACAGUGUGAACAUCAGAUGCCGCUGCGUCACACAGACCGCAGAUUCCCAGAACAGCGCAGGAAUCACCUUUCCAUCUGUAGGUGUCCUGUGUUCUCCGUCAUGUCCCAUCACACGCCUGAGCUGACUCACAUUAUCCAGCGAGAGAGAACCUUUUCAUCAGCUGCGUUUCUGCAUCAUGUCUGAAUAAACCAGCUACAGGGCAGAGAAACUAGUGUCGCUCUUUUAAAUUAUUGAUUCAAUUGAAUAUUAUGCCCUUGAUUAUACUUGAGUUUGAUAUGAAUAAAUGACGGCGUCCCAGUCUGUACGAUGGAAAUAAAAACACGUGUCAUCAUGACCAGAAUGCAUCUGUUGUCCUACAGAGGGUCCGUUUCUUUUGAAAUUAAAUAUUUAAUUAAGAUUAAAUCUCACCAAGGCAAAGAUGAGUCUUAUCAACCAGAUGCAUAACACUCAUGUUUACAUUUGUAAUCAAAUACUUUGACUUGGAGGUUUUUAAAAAACAUUCAUAACAUUGUGAAUAUACAAUUUUGAUGUCACGGUUUUUGGAUCUUAUUGUAUAGUAUUUUCUUUUCGUUCUAAUCAUCAUCUUCACAAACAUUGUAACAAUAUUGUGUUUGUCUUCAUGUUCGUUUCUUUCACAGCUUGGUCCAUGUCGGUGUUUACUGCGGUCUGCUCCUCAUAUAAAUAAACCGGUUACUACAGAUGUUACAUAAAACAAUCUUAAAUCUGUGCGCUGUGAUAUUCUGCAGUUAGCGAUGAUCUUGCAGCAGGAGGGUUUGCUCAGAGCCACGCAGGAACACACACACAUACAUCUGGGCAUGACCUCUGAGUGACCGCUGAUGUGUAGCACAUGGACCCAAAGAGCCUUUAAAUGUUUAUAAUAUUUCUCUAGAAAAACUGUGGAUGAUUUUGUUUUAUGCCAUUUUACAAACGUGCCUUUGACCUUGCAGACGAGUAAAACAUUUUUGUAAAGCC